AUGACAAAGAGUCCAUCGAGGGUAUUGGAUCCUAAUCUAAUCAAUAAAUCAACAGAACAAACUACGAAAAGGAAACCACCACCUACGGCUGAGCCGCAACAACCUCACGAAGAAGUUCCAAUAGCGUUACAACCAAACAAAUCCUUAUACUCAGAUGAAGUUUCACUUUCCAAUUUUAACAGAAUUAAAGAUUUUGCAAUUGAAGAUUUCCGCAAGGGUAAUUUCUCAGCAGAUCCACAAAUUGAUUGGAUAAAGACGAUGUUGCAGUACGCUUGUGAUGAACAAUUUAUGAAAGAAUGUAAUAUAAAUGGUGAAAAAUUGACAAGGACGUUAUCACCAAAUGAUGUUAAAAAAAACGAACAAAUUUUUAUUAAACAGGCUAUAAAAUUAUUGAAAAAAGUGGUUCACGUUACAAAAGAUCCUGAUGCUCAAUAUAUUGUUGCUUGCUUGUAUUCUAAUUCUCCAAGUAUAAAAGUUCCAUAUCCAGCAAUUUUAGAAAAAGAUUACGCAAAAUCAUUUGACUAUUAUACUAAAGCUGCUAAUCAAGGACAUCCUUUAGCAAUGUAUAGACUUGGAGUCUCGUAUGAAAUUGGUAUUGGAACCUCUCAGAAUGAUAAAAAGGCAAUGGAGUGUUUUAUAAGAAGUGCAGAAUUUGGCUGUGUUGCCUCAAUGUUUAAAUUAGGUAUGAUUUAUUCACGCGGUGCUUUGAAAGUUUCAAGAUCUGCUUCAAAGUCAUUAAACUGGUUAAACAAAGCUGCUGAAUUAGCCUCUAAAGAGAAUCCACACUCUUUAUUUGAAUUGGCUAAAUAUCAUGAAUACGAUUUCCCUUUUUUGAAAAAUGAAACACUUACCCAAUCAGAUGCCAAUUUUUUGAAAGAACUACAAUCUUUAGGACUGAAUAAGGAUGAACGUGUGGCUUUACAAUAUUACAAAGAAGCUGCUAAAUUACUAUAUGCACCAGCCCAAUGUAAACUUGGAUGGUGUUAUGAAUAUGGUAAACUAGGAUGUGUGAUUGAUCCAAGAAGGUCUAUUGGAUGGUAUUCUAGAGCUGCAAAACAAGGAAAUUUUAUAGCUGAAAUGGCAUUAAGUGGAUGGUAUUUAACAGGUGCUAGUGGUGUAUUGGAGCCUAAUGAUAAAGAGGCAUUUUUAUGGGCUAGAAAAUCUGCAGAAAGUGGGUUUGUCAAAGCUGAAUAUGCUCUUGGGUAUUAUUAUGAAGUGGGUUUGGGUUGUCAAGCUGAUUUGGAAUUAUCAAGAAAGUUUUAUUUGAAAGCUGCUACCCAAGGGCAUGAUAAAGCUAUAGCCAAACUUCGAGAAAUGAGAGGACACUAA